GGUGGUGCUGCUGCACGCGCGCGCGCCUGUGUGUACCUCCUGGAAGUACGCAUGCGCCCAGGCCCAAGCUGGGCCCUAGCAACCGCCGCAGUGACAGUAGCAACGGAGCGUAAUGGCAAAAGCAACAACAAUUAAAGAAGCCUUAGCCAGAUGGGAAGAAAAAUCAGGUCAGAAGCCAUCAGAAGCCAGGGAAGUAAAACUUUAUGCCCAGAUUCCCCCUGUAGAGAAGAUGGAUGCAUCCUUGUCCAUGCUUGCUAAUUGCGAGAAGCUUUCACUGUCUACAAACUGCAUUGAAAAAAUUGCCAAUCUGAAUGGUUUAAAAAACUUGCGGAUUUUGUCACUGGGAAGGAAUAAUAUAAAGAACCUAAAUGGAUUGGAAGCAGUUGGAGACACUUUAGAGGAACUCUGGAUAUCUUAUAAUUUCAUUGAGAAGCUGAAAGGAAUUCAUGUUAUGAAGCGACUAAAGAUCCUCUAUAUGUCUAAUAACCUAGUAAGAGAGUGGGGAGAGUUUGGAAAGCUGGCUGAAUUAGGAUGCCUCGAAGAGCUGGUGUUUGUGGGCAAUCCCUUGGAAGAGAAAUGUUCUUCUGAGGGCAACUGGAUUGAUGAAGCGACCAGACGAGUACCCAGACUGAAGAAACUGGAUGGAAUCCCAGUAAUUAAAGACGAUGAAGAAGAAGAAGGCUAAUGCCACAUUUCCACUUUGUUUUAACUUAUGAUAUUUAAGUGAAGAAGGUCAGAGGAAGCCAGCCAACCAGAUUUUGUUAUAGCAGAUUUAAACAGGGAGGGAAGUUACUAUUUUGAUGAAAAUUUGCACUUUAAAAUGAUGCACUGGAUGUUAAUAGGAAGUACUUCCAAAGGAUAGAUGGGUAUUGAUCUAGUCUGCACAACAGUAUCUUUAAAUUAGACCUCACAUAAACUAUGUCUUAGUGAACCUGGCCUAAGCAUAUAUGUAUAGUAGCUUCCUAAGAACACCAACCAUAGACGGAUUUCCUUAGUUAUUUAGUGCAAUCUUUUAUUUCUGCUGCAUCCAUGGUGAUGAAUCUGUGUGAUGUGACACACUAGAAUCCCAUGUACAGUGCUGAAACCAUGCGGAAUCCUGAAUAGAAGCUUUGUGAGUUAUUGUUCCCUCACAUAUACUCUAUACUUAUAUUUUAUUAACUUAGAUGUUAGCUAAACAGAGUUGUGGCAAAUAGUGCAGAGGUGGGUCAGAGUUCUUUCUUUGUGUGGCAAGCCAGGUGCUUGCCUCUAGGGUGCUAUGCCCAAAGGGAUUAAUUCCAUCAAAAGAAUGAUGGGUAUAAGCUGAAGAGUAUGAUCUCGGCAGCUCAUCCCCUGACUCUGUUGACUAGAAUCCUUGGCUUUUAGGACUGGCUCUAAGUAGGAGGAUAUUUUAACAUCUUCUUUGGUUAAUAAUCUCUUUUAUAUAUAGAAGUUUUGUAGCAUGACUUUAUGGCUAAACAUAUUGUCUCUUAAAUUAUUUAGACUUAUUUGGUUUUUAAGUGUUAUUUU